CUUUCAACAACCAACACCCCGGGUUUCUUCUGGAGAAAGCAGAGAAGAGACUACUGAGGGAUGGGCACGGUGUUUUAAUUCCAUAAGGACAGUUUUCUUUUUCGAAAAUGGCGUCGUCCCUCGCCGCGCAGUUGUCGCAGAUUGCGGCCAACUCCACCAACCAGUUGAACCUCAAAGCCCAGAGGCUCGCGCAUUCGCAAUCCCUGAUUUUUAGCAGAAGGGUCGCUGGGUCGCAGGAUUUUGAUACGAUCUACGAUAUUUGCUAUGAUGGAUUCCGGGAGCUAUGCCAGCUGGAUCCUCGUUUCACACAAUUCGAGCGCUCGAUUUUCAGCGAGCAAAGCAAGGCGGAGGAUCGAACGGAGAUGAAUGUGGCCCAGAAUAAGGAGCUAGAUUCAGUAUUGGAGGCUUUCCUUGCAUUAGUUGGUGGGAGAUUGUUAUUGAGCCCAGCUGUGAAGGCUGUGGAAUGGCUUAUAAGGCGCUUCCGAGUACAUGAGUAUAACACCGAGUUCACUAUUCUCACCUUUUUGCCGUAUUAUACUACCCCGGUUUUCCUCACCCUACUCUCGAUUCUUCCCGAAGACCUGCCACCCGCUUUCAAAGUGCUUAUUCCAUAUAAGCGCAGCUCAAUCAAUCCGGUCCGUGGUGCUAUCGUGCAAAGCGCUAUCGCCAACCACGGAAUUCUGACUGCUUUGAAUAAUCAUGUCAUUCAAGUCAGCAAGCAGCAGGCGCACCACCACGCCCUUCUAUCAUUCUGGGCGGGAAUCAUCUCUGAAGGAGUUGCAGGCAUGCUGGAUUCGUCACGCUCUGGCCGACGAUCCCUUGAAAAACAAAAGCAUGACGAUGUUAUCCUCGCGAUUCUUCCGGUUUUAAAUGAUGGCCUCUCUAUGAAGAACGUUUCGGAAUUGGUGAUUGGGUGCUACAUGGUUUGCGUUGUCCUGGCGCAAAAGGCAUCUCUUCAAGACCAGGUCUUGGACGGGCUUAUGGAGGCUGUUGCAGAAUCAUGGACAGAAGAGACCUUGAGCUCAGGACUUAUUUGUGUAGCUGUUCUCGCGCAACAGAAGCCCGAGCCAGUUCUGCCAAAGCGAGUAUUUAAGGCCGUUACUCGAUUGGAUGAUCCUUUAAAGCAGCUUUCCGAGAUUUCGGUGGAAUGCAAGACAUCCCAGCUUAUUCUUGGAAUAGUGGCUGGAUGUCUUAGGAACAUUUCUAGCCAGAAGGACUCGUCCCGGCUAGACCUAUUGUCCCUCAUGUUCGAAAGCCAGCUUUUGGGCGAGGCGGAAAUGGCCAAAGCUAUUGCACUUGUCCUUCAUGCGGCAAGCCAUAUUCACAAGGACGGAGCGAUGUCUUUGGAUGCCCAGACACAUCUUGCAGACCUUGUGCAAUAUUUCAGUCGCUCACAGUCUCUCCAGCCCGUCUUUCAGAAAACCAUUGAGGAAUUGUCUUUCGACGUGUCUCUCUUGGAGCACAAUCUACAGACGACAAUUGAGUCGGUUUCUGCGACUCGGGCAAUCGAAGAUGUUGAAAUGGAGGACGUCGAGAAUACGGAGGAGGUGAUUGAUGGCUACGAAUCUGCUGUAGAGCCGUUAAGAAAUGAGGGAGUCUUUAAAGCCUCCUUCCUCAGCGCACAAUCCAUUCCUGUGUUUGAAAAGCUUGUGCAGGCUUUUGCAUUGGCGGUUGGGUCAAAAGAGAGAAUUGAUUCCUUUCUCGAGUUGCCGGUGUUGGGCAAAGCGAAUGCCCCCAAAACACCGCAGUAUCUAUCCUUUUUCGCGCGUGUUUUUACUGGCCCCUACCCUAUUGGCACAAGGGCGUCGGCAUUGAGUAUUGUUUCGUCUCUUCUUACAUCGGCUUCUUUUAACGAACUUGAUCUCCAGGCUCUACUGCCAUUCAUACUAUUGGCUUUGUCAGACCCCUCAGAAAGAAUCCGUCGCGAGGCAGCUGGCGUUUUGGCCGUCAUUGGAAAUCUGUACCAGAAGAAAAAGAAGAGCUCUGAUGAUAUCUGGGCACGAGACACUCUUUACGGACAGGAAAAGCAGUCGAAGGACAUUCCUUGGCUUUCUAGUCGCGAUAUGCAGAAGGUCUUGGAACGGGCUCUCCUCCCUGGAUUGGAAGAAUAUGUAUUCGACCAGGCUCAUAUCGGCCGAGCUCUCGAGAAUGCUAUGCGAGCGACACCUACCUCAGACUCUGCAGCAUCAGAACUCAAGAAACCAUUGCGAUUGGGAUUCUUCACAUUCCUUUGUUCGCACGCUGUCCAGAUCCCACUUUUUGCCCCCAAGUUUAGAUUGCUAAACCUUCUUAAUCGGAUUGAUAAAGCCGGCGGUACAACUAGAACUAAGGAACUUGAACCAUUAUUGAAAAAGUGGCGGGACAUGACAGAGCAAGAAGUUAAGGAUAUCUGUGAAAGGGAGCGUGUCCCCGCGAUGGAGAUGGAGGAUCAGAUCAUGAAAACGGUGACUCCAAAGGAAAAAGAUGCCAUAUCAUUGCUGCUGUCUACUGUGAAUCCUUAUUCAGCAUCUCUGAGAUCUUCCUUUGUUUCCUCUGUGUUCAGCCGCAUGAAGGACAUCUGGUCCAACGUCGCCGAGGACCGACAAAUUGCUGCCUCUGAAAGUCUUUUCGAGAUCUCUAUCCGGAACCCAGAAUCCCCUCUUAUCAAUAACUGCCGGGAUGUUCUCCGCAGUGUAGAGCUUCCUGGAGCAGUGCUCCUCAGCUUCAUCCAGCAAAUUCCCACCUCAAUUACAGACAUUGAUGCCCUUGGUCCCGCGCCGAAGAGGAGACGAACCAGCCAGAAUAAUAUGGUUGCAAUGACGACUAAAGAUGAGGCCAAACUAAGUAAGCUGAUGGAGAAAAUGACAUUCAUCCUGGAGCUGGUGGAUGGCUCUAAUCCUGAGGCCCACCCCGAACUUGUCGAGGGCUUGUUCCAAACCCUGGCCGCCCUGCACCAUUUCAAGUCGCAGAUCCAGUCUGGCAUGAGUUACUUGCUUAGCUUGACCCUCGGAAGCCUUCUUGCCAUCGUCAAUCGAUCAAAGGAAUCGGGCAAGUCGCAGUUUGAUACUUCAGUUGUCCGUGCUGACAUGGUUGUGGAUUGUGUUCGCACCACGGAAAGCCCUCAAGUGCAGAAUACAGCCCUCCUCCUGGUCGCUGGCCUGUCCGUUAUUGCGCCAGAGCUUGUUCUGCAUAGCGUGAUGCCAAUAUUCACGUUUAUGGGCUCCAGCGUACUCAGAAAGGAUGACGAUUACUCUGUUUCCGUCAUUGAUCAGACAAUCGAUCAAGUUGUUCCAGCUCUCAUCCAGUCACUAAGACACCAGAAGCGAGACGUUGUGUCCGGCACAUCUGAGCUCCUGCUCAGUUUCACUGCCGCAUUUGAGCAUAUUCCUUCCCAUCGCCGCUUGCGACUAUUCCAUGCUCUCAUCACCAAGCUAGGAACAGAAGAGUUCUUAUUUGCGGUUUUGGCAAUGCUGGCGAACCGAUAUUCGAUGGAUAAGGCGGUUCUUGUUCUGAUGACCGGCCUGGUUUCUGACGCUAGUGCAGCUGUGGAGCUUAGUACCUACAGCAAAUUCCUCGAUCUCGUCAGCGACUCACUGAAAUCUAAGCCUGGCAUUUCACAGGUCCUCCUUGGCAUUGGAAGCGACGAUGGCCGAGAGCCUCAUAAGGUUGCGGUUGAUCUACUUCGUGCGCUGGCCUAUCUCUUUAAGCAUUCUUCGCUGAAAGUGAAGAUGGCCAAGGCUUUCGCAACUGAGAUGGGCGAUGCACCGGUGCAUAUUCGCGAAUUCUUCUCAAAGAUCCUUGAACAAGUUUUGUCAAUUGGAGAAUCCAUGCAAAACGUCAAGCCCGUUCACCAAGCCAGUGGUGAUGUUCUUAGCGCGCUCUUCGGAACUCUUACCACAGUGGACUUCAUCGAUACUGUGGAGGCUCUGCUAAAGAGGCCCAACGAUGAGCUUCGCCGCAAGGUUCUACGUCUUCUCGAAGGCCGGCUCAACCAGAGCCCUGAGCGUGAUAGUGAAUCGCAAAUGCGGAUGCUUGACUUCCUGCCCAUUUUGGUUGACAUUGUCCAGUCUUCCCCGGAUAUCCUUCUUAAACAUGCGGCAGUGGCUUGCAUCGACCGCAUUGCCGAGAAGUAUGGCAAGAAGGAGCCGUCCAAGGUCACACGUGCUGCUCAGGUGGUUGCCAGCCCUGCUUGCAUUGGACAGGACGACGAUCGCAUUCGUAUCAUGGGUGUGCUGUGCCUCGCAUCCAUGGCAGAGGUGCUCGGGGAGGCAAUGAUUCCAGCCCUACCUGAAGUCCUCAACCGGUCGCUAGGCUUGCUUGAGGUUAGCUUGGAGGACGGAAAGGAGAAUGCUAGACUGCACGAUGCUGUUUUCUCUUUGUUCUCUGCACUUUUCGUCCACCUUCCAUACAUGAUCUCUGGACCUCACCUUGACCAUGUGCUUACACUGUCCUACAAAUCCGCAGUUUCAGAAGAUCUUGAAGAUGGAAGCCGACAAGAGGCUCUGCAACUCAUGGCUCGCAAAGUCGACAUGGGCUCGAGCCUUGGAGCAGUAGAUCGCAACUGGCAACUGGCAGUUGCCGCUGGCCCUGCAGCAACACGGGAGAUUCUCGAAGUUGUUAGUCUUAGCAUUGAGAAGCACGCCAAAUCUGCUACGAUGAAGAACUUGACAGUUCUGACAAACAUCCUCUUCCGGGCUUUUGAUCUACGAAGGGAGCAAGUGGCUUUGGGCUCUAAGGCUACCUUUGCUGUUUCGGACCUGGAAGCCAUCGAGGAUCUUGUCAACGGCGUCACCAUCAAGAUGAUUUACAAGCUCAACGACACCACUUUCCGGCCCAUCUUCAGCAAAUUGGUUGAGUGGGCGACUACUAGCCUUCCGAAGAAGGAUACGCAAGGCAGUUUGGCACGCUUGACUACAUUUUACCGCUUCCUCCAGCUCUUCUUUGGCACCCUCCAGUCCAUCGUUACUGGAUAUGCUAGCUACAUCAUCGACAGCGUGGUUGCGGUUCUUGGAAAGGCAAGCCCAUCCAACCCAAAUAGCAAGUCUCUUUGGCUUGCGACGAUGCGCAUGCUUCGGAGUGCAUUUGAGCAUGACCAAGACGAAUUCUGGCAAUCUCCUUCGCACUUGACCAAGAUCUCGCAACCUUUGAUCUCCCAGCUCGGCCAUGCCACGAACCCGACCACUGCGGCCAUCGUCAUUGAGGAGGCUGUCCCGGCCAUCACCGAGCUCGCCGUCGCCGCAGACUCUACCGAUAACCACAAGGAACUAAACACAGCGCUGAUGCGUUUCCUGCGGCCGUCCGCCGGCCCAACAGGCAAGGCCGCCGGCGGUGAAAACCCGCACACGCGUCUCGCAGCCCUCAAGGCAGAGCAGUCUCUUACGGAGCACCUAGGCGAGGACUGGCUCGCGCUUCUCCCGGAGAUGUUGCCGUAUAUUAGCGAACUCAUGGAGGACGAGGACGAGAAUGUCGAAAGGGAAGUACGUAAGUGGGUGAAGCAGAUCGAGGGAGUCCUAGGCGAGAGACUCGAUGACAUGUUGACCUAGCCGUUGAUUCCCGCUGUGUUGGUUGGCGUUACGGAUACAUACAUCGGAGACAUGUACUGUAUAUAGUAAAAGUUGGUUAUGUAUAGACUUGUC